AUGGCCAGCAACGACUACUACAACCAGCAGCACGGCGGCGGCUACGGUCCCGGCGGCGGAUACCCCCAGCAACCCCAACCUGCAUACGGCCCUCCCCAAGGCUACCAGCAGCAGGGCGGAUACUACCCCCAAGGCGGCCAGCCCCCGAUGCAGUACCAGCAGCAGCCCCCUCAACAGGCGCCCAGAAAGCAGGGCGGCGGAAACUGCCUGACGGCCUGUCUCGCCGCGCUAUGCUGUUGUUGCGUCAUCGACGAGACGUGUGAAUGUUGUGCAGAAUGGUAA